AUGGUCUCGGCGGUAGAAUACAUCGACAUCGACGUUGAAGAGUAUCAGCGGUUAGGGCUGACGCCGCAGAAACCAGUUAAGCUGCUAGGAAACCACAGGUCUAAAGUAUUACACGGGAGGUUUCUUCACUUGACUGACAUACACCCAGAUGAGUUCUAUAAGGUGGGCGCUAAUAUAGAAGACAACUCAUGUCAUAGAGGGAAACCUGGUAAAGGGUCGGCUGGUGCGUCCAAGUACGGUGACGCCAUGCUUGGAUGCGACUCCCCAAUGAUCUUGAUGAACCAAACGUUGGAGUGGGUGAAAACACAUUUGAGGGACAAGAUUGAUUUUGUCGUUUGGACCGGUGACAACAUUAGACAUGAUAACGACAGAAAGAUACCUCGUACUGAAAUGGAGAUCUUUGAUAUGAACACCCGUGUGGCGAACUUGUUUCACGACAUCUUUCACGGCGAUGCCCUGGACCCGAGACAUUAUGACGUUCCUGUGGUGCCAAGUCUGGGCAAUAACGACGUUUAUCCACAUAACUUGUUUGCUCCUGGUCCAACUUUACAGACGAGAGAGCUUUGGAACAUUUGGCAGAACUUCAUAUCUGAAGAACAACUACACAUCUUUCAAAGAGGCUCCUAUUACUUUACAGAGGUUGUACCGAAUAAGCUUGCGGUGUUAUCGAUCAAUACCCUCUAUCUGUUCAAGUCUAAUCCGUUGGUGGACAACUGUGAUAAUAGAAAGGAUCCCGGGUUUAAGUUGUUCCAAUGGUUAGGUGUGACCCUUGAUGAACUUCGAGAACGUAAUAUGAAAGUAUGGUUAAGUGGUCAUGUCCCACCAAUUCCAAAGAACUACGAUAUCACCUGUUAUAGGAAAUUCGUCAUGUGGCUGCAUGAAUACAGAGAUAUUAUUGUUGGUGGUGUAUAUGGCCAUAUGAAUAUUGACCAUUUCAUUCCGGUGGAUGCCAAAAAGGCAUAUAAGUCAUACCAGGAUUCUCUAAUACGGCAGGGAUUCGAAAUUGAUGGACAAUUCGCUCACAUAUUGGACGAAGCAUUGGAAGACGAUGAUGCUGAAUUUGACAUCGAUCUCGAACACCAAUAUUUAAACAUGGGAUUCAACGUUUCUGAACAUGAUUUGAACGUCGCUAUUGCCGCUAAGGACGCACAUGCGAUGGGUGGUGUUCCAUCUAACAAAGAGGCAUAUAUGGAUUCUGUUAGAGAAACCUUUUAUGUGGAUGUAAAAGGCUUGAAGAAGUCAGGUCAACAUUCUGAUCGCUAUGCCAUUACAAACGUUGCUGCAUCUGUGAUCCCAACUUUUAAUCCAGGAUUUAGAGUGUGGGAGUACAACAUUACAGGCAUAGAAGAAUCGUUGUCUUUAAAGGCUAAACCAUGGACACAGUUCUUCGCUGAACUUGAUGCGAUGAUUUCGUUGGAUGAUCAAAAUGACGACGACGACUAUGAUGACCUCGAAGAUGAUUUUGUUGAAAUAGAAAAGAGGAAAAACAAGAAGAAGAAGGACAAAGGGCCUGAUAUCUCAUUACCUAAGCCAAUGCCAGAAGGUGCUACUUUAGGCCCAGGUUAUACCCCACAAACGUUUUCACCUCUUCGAUUCGUUCAAUACUAUCUAGAUUUGAAGGCAGUUAACGAAGAGACGAAGCCAUUCGAUUACGAAGUCGAGUACACAUCCGAUGGUCAUCCUUAUAAACUUGAAUCGCUCUUAGUGGACGAUUAUGUUUCAUUGGCCCGUAAACUCGGCAAACCAAUUAAAAAGCCAAAAACCAAAUCAAGUGAAACCGCAAGCAACGAAUAUGAUAGUGACAACUUGGACGAAUUACAAAACAAGAAAAGCUUGGAUGAGUUGUGGAAAACAUAUGUGAAACAUGCAUUCGUUAGCAGUGGUUAUCACGACUGA